ACUAUCUAUUAAACCACUUUUAUUAUGUGAAAAUGAAUACAUUGACAAAUUUAUUCAAAAUACAAAGUCUAAAAACCAGUAUUGCGAUGAUUUUAUUGAGUGGAUACCAUGUUCAGAUAUUAAGAAAAAUGACAAAAUAAAAAGAGGGGGUUUUUCUGAAGUAUUUAGUGGUAAAUGGAUACCAUUUAAACAAGAUGAAAUUGGUUGUAAUAAUGAAAUCGUUGAAUUACCAAAUGUCGAUAUCGUGCUUAAGGUUUUGAAAGGAUCUGAAAAUUUUGAACCAAAAUUUCUCGAUGAAUUUAAAAUACACUAUAAAUGUCUUGAAAAAGGUGCUGUACCUUUCUAUGGUUUAACGAAGUCAGAGACGCAAUAUGCGAUGGUAAUGAAACGCGCAAUUCACGUUGAACCUGAAAAAGUUGAACCUGAAAAAGUGGAACCCGAAAAAGUCGAACCCGAAAAAGUCGAACCCGAAAAAGUCGAACCUGAAAAAGUGGAACUUGAAAAAGUGGUACCUGAAAAAGUGGAACCCGAAAAAGUGGAACAUGAAAAAGUGGAACCCGAAAAACUCGAACCCGAAAAACUCGAACAUGGAAAAGUGGAACCUGAACCUGAAAAAGUGGAACCUGAAAAAGUGGAACCCGAAAAAAUGGAACCCGAAAAAGUGGAACCUGAAAAAGUGGAACCUGAAAAAGUGGAGCCUGAAAAAGUGGAACCACAAAAAGUGGAAUUUAAAAAAGUGGAGCCUGAAAAAGCGGAGCCUGAAAAAGUGGAACCCGAAAAAGUGGAACCCGAAAAACUCGAAUCUGAAAAACCUGAAAAAGUAGAACCUCAAAAAGUAGAACUUGAAAAAUUGGAACCUGAAAAAGUGGAGCCUGAAAAAAUGGAGCCUGAAAAAGUGGAGCCUGAAAAAGUGGAACCCGAAAAAGUGGAACCCGAAAAAGUGGAACCCGAAAAAGUGGAACCCGAAAAAGUGGAACCCAAAAAAGUGGAGCCUGAAAAAGUGGAACCUCAAAAAGUGGAACCUGAAAAAGUGGAACCUGAAAAAAUGGAGCCUGAAAAAGUGGAACCCGAAAAAGUGGAACCCGUAAAAGUGGAACCCGUAAAAGUUGAAUCCGUUAAAGUGAAACCCGAAAAAGUUGAACUCGAAAAGUGGAACUCAGUGUUACUAGAAGAGGUUUCGGAGGAUGUUUAUGAAGGAACUCCAAAUGGCAUCGACGUUUGGGUAAAACUUUCUACCAAAGGACAGAUUCAUUAUAAAGCGAAAUUCUUUCCACUGGAACCUCUUCCUAAGCCUACCUCAGAUUUUCUUGCCAAUCUUAAGGAAAAACCUUUUGAUCUUACAACGUUUUUCGUUCUUGUUACUUUACAGGCUCCAAAUGGUGGUUUCCCUCCUUCCGAUACUUUAGCAAAUCUAUUUGGUUAUGAUUCACAAGAGCCUCUUUUGCAAUUAUACGAAUCUCAAUGCCAUGAAGAACGGAUUUUAAAGAAAACUCCUACUGUGUGGACUAGUAGCAUGAUCUUAUGGUUCUUACGUUUCUUAUUGAAAGAUUACCGAAGUGAAUGGGGUGGUGUUUAUGAACGUGCUGAACAAUACAUUAGUAAGGAAGUUAACGACUUAGAGGUUGAAGAGAUUGCUGUUGCUACCGGCAAAAAGGCUGUUUGUAACAGAUUUGAUAUUAAACUUGAUGGUGGUAGAAAAAAACAGUUGAUAACUCGAGAAACCCUUUCAGUGAUUCAUGUUAAGCGUAUUCUUAAAUGUCAACAACAAAAUAAUGGUGCAUAUCAAGUUACCGAUGAACUUGCAAAGUCCUUUGGUUACGAAAACAUCGAUAAACUCUGUACGGCAUUCAAUGAUUAUAAAAAUCGACACUCCAAAUCACAAAAAAUCUCUCAAAUUAGUAUGCAAACUUGGAUGUCAAUAAUAGUACUUUAUUUCUACCGUUAUGUCGCCAUCGAUCAGAAGAAAAAAUGGCAUAAAUCAUACGAGAAAACUUAUAGAUGGAUAUGGGCUCAGUUCAAGGGGAAUGAAUCUCUUAUACAAGAAGCUUCUCAAAUUGUUCAAUCAUUUAUUAAAGAAUGGCAUGGUGUAAAGGAUGAUGUUUUGGAGAUGGAUCGUCAAUUCGAAAAUAGUAUUUCUGAAAUGGUUUCCUAUAUUAAGUACCCUCAAAAAGACCGAGGAGGUGGUGGUAAAAAUAUUAAUUUUUUUGAUAUUGGUGAUGCCUCUGAUCCAUAUGUUAAGAUAUCAAACAUUGCUAACAAUCGGGUGUAUGGUGAUUCGCGUGUCAUUUACAAUAACUGUAAUCCCGUUUGGGAACAAGUUUUCUAUAUACCAGUUUAUGAUAUUCAUGAAAAAUUCAAUUUACAUGUUUUCGAUUAUAAUGCUUUCUUUAAGGAUACACGUUUGGGUUCCUAUAUUCUUGAUCUCAAAUCCAUAAUUAAAGAACUUCCUAAUGGUUCUUUAGAAGGAAAGAAAUCAGCACCUAAUGCAAAUCUCUUAUAUAAAGGAAGUAACAGAGGAAAAUUAUCUUUUGUUGCUGAAUUUUUCUCGCUUCCUGAACCUGGUUAUUAUAUGGAAAUUAUUACCACAACUAAUGUUUCGAUUAAACAUUUAUACCUCCUUAUGACUUAUCAACUUGAAUAUGGUUGCUUUGAACUUACCGAUUCUUUAGCAAGAUUAUUUAACUUUUCUUUUAAAGAUGAACUUAUUAAAGCUUUCUCUGAAUUUGUAAAAAAUGAUGAGGAUGUUCGUAAUUUAGAUCAUAACAUUUGGGGAACUGUACUUGUCACCUCAUUCCUUAAUGCCUUGUUGUGGGAUAAACGCCACGAAUGGUUAAAUGUUUACAACAGGGCCGAGACUUGGUUGAGUGAAAACGCUCCCGAUAUUGAAGUAGAAGAACGUUUAUAUAAUUAUUCUAACAAAUUUGUUAUUCAACACUUUAAUGUCUCUGAAUGGGCAAGUGAGGAUCAAAAAAGUAAUUUGGGUCUUAUCGCCGAAUCUUUGGGUUUUAGCAAUGUUGAUGAUGCCAAAAAACAUUUUGAAGCUCAUUUUUCAUCUCACUCACCUAGGAUUGCUCAAUUGGAUGCUCAUAUUUGGAGUACUGCUAUUUUGAUUUGGUAUCUUCGAUAUGUAUUAGUUGAUUUCCGAAGAGAGUGGGCUGAGGUACAUCAAAAAGCAUAUGAUUGGCUUUGUCAACAAGUGAAAGAUGAUAAUGUGCGGGAAGAACUUCUUGAGGCUGCUAGAAUCUUUGUUGUUAAAAGAUUUGAAGUUGAUCAGGGUGCUAAACAAGAAGAUGAAUCUUUUAAGGAUUCUUUAAUUAAAGCAAAGGAAGCUAAGGAAGAAAGUCAGCAUAAUCGAACUCGAGGUGUUCAUUAUGUAGAUGAAGAACCUCAGGAAAUAGAGGAAUUUGUCCUUAAUGAUGAUUAUGUUGGAGUAAUUAAAAUUGUUGUUAAGUGUGCUAAAGAUCUUAGAAAAUCUAAUAGUUGGUUUACCUUUUCUAAUCCGGAUCCGUACGUUCGCAUUAUUAAUGCUGCCGGAAAUGAAAUGGUUCGCACUAGUGUUAACUAUAGAACUGUUAAUCCAGUUUGGGAUGAAAUUCUUUACAUUCCAAUUCAUGGACCAGGAGAAAAAAUUUCAUUUGAAAUUUUUGAUGAAAACCUUUUUGUAGCAGAUAGACUUCUUGGUACCUACGAAUUGGACACUAGCGUUUUAUUUCAAAAUAAUGAACAUAAACCUAAGAAUGAGUGGUUCCCACUUCAAAUUGGUAAUGAGCCAGUUAAAGGAAAGUUAAAUUUUGAAUAUCAAUUUUUCACUACCUCCUUCACCGAAGGUGAUGAUUUUGUUUUUACUCGAGAAUCCAUUAAACUCCAACAUUUGUAUAUUCUUAUCAGCUGGCGUAACUCAAAUGGAUCUUUUGAAUUUUCUGAUAAAUUGGCGCGUUUCUUUAAUUAUAAAUCAUGUGACGAAUUGAAAGAAAGCUUCACGAAGCAUGUAUCUUCAGAUAAUGACCUUUUAAAUUAUGACUUGAGUAUAUGGUCUACGGCACUUACGAUUAUAUAUUUCAAAGUUUUGUGUUGGAAAUUUCAUGGUGAAUGGAAGCGCAUUAUCAAGAACAGUGAAGAUUGGGUCAGUAAAGAAAUCAACAACUUUGAAAUUGAAGAUCGAUUAAUCGAUUUAUGUAAAAAGUUCGUUAUAGUUCAUUUUAAAGUUAACAUUAACAAUCUUGAUAAAGCUCAAUUGGAAAUUAUAAAUCCAGUAAAACAAACAAUUAUUACACGGAAGAUUAUCACUAUUCGGUAUAUUUGCACGCUUAUUGCCCAUCAAAACAAAGAUGGUUAUAUUCUUCUAAAUGAAAAAGUCGCUGAUUAUUAUGGUUUCAAAAGUGUCGACGAAUUUAUACUAUAUCUGAAAAAAUAUUUUAAAACAGAACAUGUAACCAAAGUUCAUUAUAACGUUUGGGUUACUGCAUGCACUAUUUGGUACCUACGUUUAGUUGCUGUUGACCAUCGACUUGAAUGGAUUUCUAAUUAUGAGAAGUUAUCCGAAUGGUUAACAAAACAAUAUAAUGGAGAUACUGAACUUGAGAAUGAAAUCAUGAGAUGUGCUAGGGAAUUUAUUGUUUCAAGAUAUGAAGUUGAUAAAGAUGCUAUUGAAAUUGAUAAUAGCUUCAUUAAAUCUAAGAUUUAUUUAUCCGGUACUAUUGUUAGCCGAGAAACUACUAAUGAUAAAACUGUUAAAGAUUUCAUAACUUGUCGUACAAAGAAAGAUCAUUAUGAACUUGACGACAAUAUUGCCCAACAUCUUGGAUUCCUAAAUAAAGAGUCCUUAGAAGUAGCAUUACAAAUUCAUUUUCUUUCUGAGGACGUAUCGAAGCUUCAUAAUGAUAUUUUAGUCACUGCAGUAUCGAUAUGGUAUCUCCGUUUGGUAGCUGUCGAUCAUCGUGAGCAGUGGUCUACUGAUUGCGAUACAUUAUAUAAAUGGCUAAGUUCACAAAUUAAAAAUCUUCAUAUCGAACGAAAGCUUUAUGGAUCUGCCAAGAACUUUGCGAUUAAUCAAUAUAAGAUUAACGAUGAUGUUAUUGAAUUGGAUACUCCAUACCAAGAUCGUUCUACGGAUUUCGAAAGCGCCAAAACUAUUAAUGACGACGACUUAAUUAUCGAACCCAUAAAAGAACCUAAAAAAAGCUUUUUCCAUGAGAUUUAUAGUGCAACUACCAAACUUGGUGAUCAGAUUGAAGAUGCCCUUACAUUUAAUAAGGAUGAUCAUGACGACCAUGAAAAAGCAGAAGCUCUUAUUAUCAUUGAAGAAUUAGCCUCUCCUGAAAAAUGGAAAGAAAUUAUUUCAGACCAAAAGGAUGACGGUUGCAUUGAAUUAAGUGAUUCAAUUUGUAAUGAAUUAGAUGCUCCUAAAGAAGAAGUCAUUACAACAAUUCAAAAGAAAAUUUCUUAUAUUAAACUUAAAUCACCCGAGUUUUCAUCGAGCCUUGCAACUGCUAUUAAUAUAUCAUAUCUUAAGAAAGCUGCGUCUCAACAUAAAGAUGAAUGGGAAGAUAUACAUAAUAAGGCCCGUGAAUAUCUCUCGAAGCAAAUAGGUGAUGCCGAUGUGGAAAAGGAACUUUUAGAAUGUGCAGACAAUUAUGUAGUUGAAAAUUGUAUAAAGAAGGUGAUUAAAGAUAAAAAGAGAAAUGCAGUUGUUACAAUUCAAGACUCAACCACUCCCGAAAAAUGUGAAGAUGCUGUAUCUAACCAGAACGAUGAUGGAUUUUUCGAAGUCAAUGAGACUAUCUGUAAUGAAUUGGACAUUCCCGUUACGAAUGUAGUAACUACGGUAAAAAAAUCCACAACAAAUAAGAAACUUAAAUCACCAGAAUCAGAAUCAUGGUGGAAAACAGCAAUUAUUAUUAGUUACCUUAAAGUUACCGCACCACAUCACGAAAAUCAAUGGAAAGAUAAAUGUGACAAAGCUCGAGAGUAUCUUUCUAAACAAAUUGGAGAUGCUGAUGCCGAAAAGGAAAUAUUAGAUUGCACUGACAAAUAUGUAGUUGAUAAUGUUACUAAAAAGUUUGAAAAAGAUCAUAAGAAAAAUGUUGCAAUUACUGUCAUUCAAGAGUUGUCUUCCCCUGAGAAAUCUAGAAAAAUUGUAUCUAAUCAAAAAGAAGAUGGCAGUAUUGAAUUGGAUGAUUCAUUGUGCACUGAAUUAGAUGUUCCUAAAGAAGAAAUAAUUACUACUAUCAAAGAGAAAGUCACUAAUGCAAAACUUAAAUCACCCGAAUUUUCGUCAGCUCUUGCAACUGCUAUCAAUCUUUCGUAUCUUAAAAAUGCCGCGUCUCAAUAUAAAGAUGAAUGGGAAGAUAAAUAUAAUAAAGGCUGUGAACAUCUUUCUUAUCAAAUUGGAGACAAAGAAGCCGAAGAAGAACUAAUAGAAUGUGCUGAUAAAUAUGUAGUUGAUAACGUAACAAAUAAAAUAAUUGAGGAACGAAAAAAAGAUGUGAUAGCUCUCAAGGGAGAUGAAAUACCGAAAGAACUUAAAAAAGAACCCAAAAAAGAUGAUGAACCUGAAAAAAAGAAAGAACUUGAAGCACCAAAAACCGCAAAAUACGAAAAUCAUGAAAAAAGCGAUCUCGGCAAUGUUUAUAAAGACCCAGAAUGCGAGAUUACACCUGUGGCAGUUGAAGAAACUCGCAAUGCUGUGUACGAAACCCUUUGUUCUCAAACAAGCCCAGAUGAUCCACAUACUCUUAUCUCUUCUCAGAAUAACGAUGGGUCAUUUGCUCUUCACACUUUAAUAUCUGAUCAUCUUCUGAUUCCAGUAGUAGAUGUCAGUGAACCCAUUAAGAGUUAUGUUCGCAGUCCCCGUCUGAAAGGGUGUGAUACUUCCGUUUGGAAUACAGCAUUUACGAUUACAUACCUUAAUAUUGUGUUAAUUAAAUAUGAGUCCGAUUGGCAAUCUGCAUUCGAGCGCGCUGCAAAAUGGGUGACUGAACAAAUAAAUGAUACCGAAUUAGAGGAAGAAUUGUACUCUGCGUGCGAGCAAUACCUGUUUCAACUAGGUUCAGAUAAAAGAUACGUAACUCAAAGAUAUAACUUUACACCUGAAGAUUUAUUAAAAGUUAAUGAACAAAUAAUAUAA